AUGAGGCUUCUGCCCAAGCUAGGGCAUAGAUUUCGACGCUGGAAGAAGUUGAAGAAAUCAACACUAUUGCGAAAAUUGGAUGUGCUGCAUGAGAGUGCUCGCAAACGUGACUUUCUGGAAACCUCGGAGGAUUACGAGGACCGUAAGCAAGCGGAAUGUGGGGAAAUUUUAAGCACAAGAUUGCGACUGCGGUCUCGUCAGCAGUUCCUCUACAAUGGCACCUUCCAUGAGGCUGUGGGCAAGGUUCUACUAACAGCCCAAUGUUUUGCCAUGAUGCCCGUCAGGGGCGUUACGGCCAAGCAUCCCAGCAGUCUUAACUUUUCCUGGCUUCAUGUGCGCACCUGCUGUUGCCUGCUCUUCAUUAGCUCCACACUGAUUGACCUGACCCUAACCAUAUACAAGGUGUUGGAUGGUGACAUUAGCUUCAACAACAUCAAGCCCAUUAUCUUCAGGAGUUGCAUUCUGUUGGUCUGCGUCACAGCUCUCAAUUUGGCACGAAAGUGGCCCGAAUUGAUGAUGCACUGGCACGAGAUCGAACAGGAUCUACCACCAUAUCAGACACAGAAGGACAAAUGGCGCAUGGCUCACACCAUCCACAUGGUCAUGUUUGUGGGCAUGAUGUUGUCACUGUCGGAGCAUUUGUUGAGCAUGUUAUCGGCCAUCAAUUAUUCCGCAUAUUGCAAUACAACGGCUGAUCCAAUAAAGAAUUUCUUUCUGCUGACCAACGAUGAGAUCUUCUAUGUCAUGGACUACUCUCCGUUUUUAGCCAUGUGGGGCAAAGCUCAAAAUGUUUACUCCACUUUCAUAUGGAACUAUAUGGAUGUCUUUGUAAUGAUUGUCAGCAUUGGCUUGGCCUCCAAGUUUCGUCAGCUCAACGAUAAUUUACACAAGUUCAAGGGAUUGCACAUGCCGCCUUCUUACUGGUCGGAAAGACGCAUACAAUAUCGCAAUAUUUGCACACUGUGUGGCAGGAUGGAUAAUGCCAUUUCCCUCAUAACCAUGGUAUCCUUUUCCAAUAAUCUCUACUUUAUUUGUGUCCAGUUGCUGCGCAGUCUCAAUCAAAUGCCUACGGUGGCCCACGCUGUUUACUUUUACUUCUCGCUCAUUUUCCUCAUUGGACGCACUCUGGCCGUGUCCUUGUAUGCGGCCAGUGUCCAUGAUGAAUCGCGUUAUGCGCUGCGAUAUCUGCGCUGUGUGCCCAAGGAUUCGUGGUGUCCGGAGGCGAAGCGUUUUGCGGAGGAAAUCACCAGUGAUUUGGUGGCACUCAGUGGCAUGAAAUUCUUUCAUCUGACCAGGAAAUUGGUGCUGAGUGUAGCUGGCACCAUUGUCACCUAUGAAUUGGUUUUAAUCCAAUUCCAUGAGGAUCAGAACCUGUGGGAAUGUGACCAGAGUGGCUAUUCGUAAUACUUUCGGUUUGUUUGCAUUUCAUUUUUAUUAUCAUUGAAGCAAUAAGGAAACCAACAAAAGAUCGCUCCUUAAUAUCAAUCGGGGUUACAUGCUUAACUAUACAACUACAUUUCAUAUGUUCAUGUAAGAAUAUGUGUGAGAUUGUAGAUUGAAAUAUCAAAUUGUUGUUGUUAAUAUAAUGGUCACUAGUUCACUUACA